CUUGUAUCGUAGUGACUCUGCCCUCUGUUUAUCGUUUCGUUCCUUGACUACUCCCCUCCUCCUGCACGCUUUUAUUCGACGCUAUCUUUUCUGAGUCAUUUUGACGUUCUCCGUCGAAGUUUGAAUUUACAACGGUUAAUUUCAUCAAAAUCCUUAAAUCCUGCUGCGAGUGCGUCCAAUGUACCGCACCAUCGGUACGGGGUUUUAACUGUUUGUUGGCUUUGCAGCUGGAUGCUUUUGAGGUACUUUUGAAGUUGACAGUGGCGGCUUUUUUCGAAUAUCUCGGAAGAUCUUAACCCCCUAGCACUGACCCAGCCCACAAAUGGAUCCAUUCACUGAACGGAUGUUAGAACGCGCCAGAGCGAGGAGAGAAAAACUGGAUACACAAUUGUCGAAUGCUGGUCACGACGUCAGAAAAUAUCGAACCCCACUAAAAGAUGCAAACAUUGCCACAGUCCAAGCACAAGGACAGACAAAAACUCAGUCACCGACCAAGGCGACUGUUCUAGCAAAGAGCUCUCCAGGGAAGUCUCCUUCAAAAUCUCCACAGAAACUAUCUAUUUCAAAAGAAUCUGUCAAUGAAGGAAGAGGUACUAAUAAAGAGAAUGGAGAUGGCCCGGUGUCAAAUAUUCGGUCGAAAUUACAACGAUUGGGAAAAUUAUAUUCUGAAGAUGGCAGUCGAGAAUUAAGCUCACCCAUUCAUAGAACAGAGGAAAAAUUUUCUGCAGAAGAUGAGUCUUCUAGCAAUAAGUCAACCAAACCAGGUGCUCGAUUAGGGAGACUGGCUGUUCUGGCAUCAACAAUUAACAAUUGGGAAGACGAUCUGCAUCAUGUAACAGGGGACUCAAACAUGGGAAAAUCAACAUCCCCUAGUAAAUGGAUUACUAAUGCUGGAAGAUCAAAAACAAACUCGCCUUGUGCCAAUGAAAAAAAUGAUGUGAAUUCUCCAAAAUCCAUAACUUCUUCGUCUUACAGCAGUCCAAGAACCCCGGAUAGAACAGGCAGUAAGAAUGGCCCUACUGUGAGUAGUAGUGUGAGGCCUGUAGCAAAAUAUGGCUCCCCAAAGAGCACCAUUGGCUCUCCUGGCUCUGUAUUAAGUAAAGCUUCCUUAUUUGAGUCAAAAAGUGUUGAGACCAAGACAAAGGAUCCUGCAGAGAUGACUCUUUGUGAGAGGAUGGCUCUCUUUGAAAGAAAUAAGGAGAAGGUCCCCUUGCUUCCAAAGGCUCCGCUUACUUCCUCAGUACCUGUGGAGAAAUUGCAAGAAAAUAAAAGAGUACCUACAAUUACGAGACAAGAAAGAGAAAAUCCUAUCUCAUCGAAUCGGUCAAAAUUUGAGAUGAAUUCGAAUUCAGUAACCUCUCGGUGUGCAGUUUUUGAACAGGGUAAUCGUGUUCAAGAAAUGGAGAAUAAUAUUCUGAAAGAUGUGCAGAGUGAGAGGCAACGAGAGAUGGAGAUGCUGAGGUCUAGAUUCAACAAAAACAAAGAAGUGGCGCAAGUUGCAGCUGGUUCUUGCAUCAGGACCAGCGAAAGCAGUGAAGGAAAGUCUUCGUCAUCUAAAAACUCACCAGUGUGUCCAGUCAAGCCAACUCCAGCUCCGGAUCUUGUGCCUCCACCACCACCACCACCUCCACAGACCUUGACGGUAACUCCAAAAAAUUCUUCGCCCAUUAGAGCGUUCCAAGUUAAUAAGAGAAAAGGAGACAGUUCGCCAAAGUCACAACCAAGUCGACAGCUUGUUAAUACAAAUGCGAAAACGUCUGCGUCUACAGACCACCGUCUCUAUCCAGACCUCUCCAUACUACAGUCAACGGAAACCGAAACAGAAACCGAAUUCACUAUUGGUACGACAGAGUCAGAUGCAAUUACCCUUGACGAUAAGACAGACACAGACAUCACUUCAGAUUCCGAAUACUCUGUGCAGAGAGAAGAUGACGCUUCAAGUACUCAAGACAGUGACAGCAUAACAAACACCAGUCUUGGUAGAAGUAUCUUGCAUGCCGUAGGCCAUCAGUCAGCCCUUAAGAAAAAGAGAUCAAUUGAGCCUGAUCCAGACAGUGUUCCCUCUGACACUUCGGCAUUGGAUGAAAUGGAGUAUCUCGAUGAGUAUACUGUUUCAUUUGGUAAUAAUGGAAGAGAGAAAGAGGGACCCACUCCAGCAAAGCUGAAUAAGGGAGGCCGAAGUCCAUCAACGCCCCAUGCUAACUCCAAAAACAACCAGAGAUCGCCAUAUCGCUCGCCGAUUAAAACGGUGUCCCCUUCAACCCCUAACAUCGGUGAGCCAUGUGUAGUGGAAGGAGACAGUUACGUACCUCUAAAGCAUAGUAUUAGCUUCUACAGGCGACAACAGUCUCAGACUCCGAAGACUCCGAUACGUUUUGUAUCUCGAACUACGGAGAGUGAGGUAGACAGCUCAGGACGAGAGCGUUCUCGCACAAACGGUGCAGAUGAAGCAAUUCUGGUCCAGGAUAAAAUUAAAAGGUUAUUGGACGAGGUUUGCAAACAACAAACGAUCAUCGGCCAGGCUAGCCAAGCUCUGAAUCUGUGCAGCUCCACGAUUGAGUUCUCAGGUUCGAGGGAGCAAGUUGAAGGAGAAAGACUACUGCUCGUUGCCAAUCAGAGACGGCAAGCAGCUCUAAAUGAGAUUCAGAGAUUGAAAGUCGAGGGUACCUUACAUCCAGUGACUCCAGGAACACCGGAGAUACAAGAAAGUGGAUCCUUGACAAUAUCAGCCAUCAGUCUGCCACUGAAACCAGAGUAUUUUCGAAAAAUUGAACCGGACACGUGUUUGCAUUUCGUCUGCCUGGUACGUCAUUUGGAGAAUGUCGUUACCACUCCAGCAGUUCUAGCUGAGACAGGAGACUAUUCCGUUCGGUUUCCUUCGACACUGAAACUUCAGGACCUCUACAGCGACUUCAAAGUAACCAUCGAGAUAUACUCCCUCGAAACCCGAGCAGAGAUUCUACCACACGAAAUUAAAUACCACAUUCACAACAGCGGUAGUGGCAGUGGUGCUGGCAGUUCUUCCAAGAAAUCCUCUGGUAAGACUCCGAAGAAGUUAUUGAAACAGGAGAGCAAUUUAGUGAUGCCUGCUGUGUACAGUCCUGGGGGACCAUCCGCUGUUCGGACUCCUGCAUUCUCACCUGCUGGUUACGUUGUGUUCAGCCUUCGGGAGGUGAAUCGUCAGCAAUUCACCUUGAAUAAGGUUCCUCGGUUGUCUCCUUUGGUCGGGAAGUUGCAAAUGCAUGUAUCCUGCGAACUGUCAGUGUCUGUCGAACAUCGUGGUUUCCUCACAAUGUUUGAGGACAUUUCUGGCUUCGGAGCCUGGCACCGUAGGUGGUGCUUGCUCAAGAAUGGAUCUCUGUCUUAUUGGAAGUAUCCGGAUGAUGAACGCAAGAAGGAACCUAUCGGAGUCUUGGACUUGCGAGACGUCACUACAAUAGAUGUCAACUUGGUAUCUCGAGACAUUUGUGCACGGCCUCACACUUUCCUGCUAGAAACUGUGCGUCCUGCACAUCCUAACGACACAGACACCCUGAUUACUAUCAGAAAUGGUUCGGAGACUACAGAGAGGCACUUACUAUCAGCAGACACGAAGGAGGAUCGAUUGGAAUGGUGUGCUAAACUGAACAAGACGUUGACUCUAGUCCGAACAUGGGGAGGUGCUUCUAACUCAUCCUGAUUGUCGAAAUAGACCAGAAUCAGCAGAGACAACUGAGUGUGACAUGUCUGUUGCUUGAGUUUGACAAAUGUAUGUAUUUUCUGACCCUUGGAGUGGAUUGGAAUCGGCAGAGAUGACAGGAGGCAAUUCGGCUAUCAAUCAAUUUCUACAAAUUGUACGUAUUCUUAAGUGUAUACCUAGAGUGGUGUAGAAAACUUCUCUUGUAACAAUUGCGCAGAUCAAUUAAGCAAUCUUUAUUUUACAAUCGAUUUGGUAGCGUUUCACCUUAGAGUACAUCUUGUGCAUUGAUGCACAUUCAUCGUGGGGUGUAAACUAAUCUACGUAUAAUUUUCAUCAUGAGGAUAAAUAUUCAUACAAUGCUUUUUGCAUUUUAACAGAUGCACAGCGAUGGGCUCGACUUGAUAUAUAAUUUAUUCGCUGAUUGAUAAAAAAAAAUUAGAUAAACAGUUUCUAAGUUAUUCCAAAUUAGUCGGAUAGUUUUCUUUGUGGAAAAUAAGUAUUCGUGUGUAUAUUUUAUUUAAAUGUUUACCUAUGGUCAAGUCAUUGAUACAAUAGCAUUCGGCAAAUAGAUUCAAGCGAAGAGCUACGAUUAAAUUUCUGCUUGCCCAUCGUUGGGAAUCUCAUGCGUGCUGCAGUUGCGUUUAUACUUAUGUCAACGCAUCUCAAUUAACCGUAAUUCCAAGCUAACCAUGACUGAUGUUUGGUUAAUUUCAUAUGUAGUGCGAGUUAUACACAAACAUGUAUAAUGUAAUAAGAUACCAUAGCGUGUAGUUUUUGUACUAAAACCAGGUUUGAAAGUCCGGUAUCUCGGCUUUUUCAACGUGUGACGAAAUCAAUUGUUUUUUAUCCUUCGGUCAGGGUCCGCAGCGCUGAAUUAUAUGAUUUUAAAAAGAAAGAACUUAUCGCCGCCACUGUCAGUAGAACGGCUAAUUAUCUUCGUCACUUCACGUCUAAAUGUUUCAUUUUUCUUUCACUGUGGCGCUGUCAAUUCCGCUGCCCUGCAAUGUAUCACUUAAGGCAAUUAAUCUGCACGUGUAAUGUACUUUGCGCGUAUAAUUCCUGGCCAUGGGUGGAAAUUAAUAUUCUUAAACGAAGUCCACAUCCUGUGACUUCAAACUUAAGCACAUAUUUCCUACCUCCACUGCGUAUGUAAGUUGAUACAUUGCAAAGUGGCGACAAUUGUGAAGUACCCAAAUAAUGAAGUAUUCAGUUAUAUCUGAUGUUCCUUGCCCUCGGGAGGGCAUACGAUUUGUAUCGUUUUAUAUAAUGCAGAUUCAGUUAACACACAAAUUUGGCUGGAUUUCAUGCCACCUUUUGUGAUUAUUUUCAUUCCAUUUACAGUCAUUCUGUGGAAUGACGUUAACUGAACGUGAGCUAACGAAUGUAAUGAAUGUGUCUGUAAAGAAAUAGUAAAAACACUCAUUUGUAAGAGAUCAUUCUUACGUCUCUCUUUCUGAGAUUUCAAGUGACUAUUUCUCUGCAUUCACGCUUUGAUCAAUUUUUAUUGUAACAAACACUCACUGAGGCCUUGUCGCCAUGAGUAUUUUCGUUUAUGUAUAAACGUAUUUUCUACGUUUUUAUAGAAUUUCUACUAGGCUAAUACAGACCGAGAUUAUGUAUAAUUAAAGGUAACUCUUUCAUUUGAA